AUGUUUGCCGACCUGUCGGCCUUGCACGGCUCAUUAGCUGCUGAGCGCGUUACGACAGGUCUGUGCUACUCGGAGCUGUCCACGCGGUUCCCGAAGGCUGGCUCGGCGUACGUGUACGUGUACGCGACCGCGGGCGAACUGCUGGCCUUCCUGGUCGGCUGGGCGCUGGUGCUGGAGUACGCGCUCGCCGCGUGUCUGUCGGCAAAGGCCCUCAGCCGCCACCUGGCGGCCCUCUCGUUCAGCGCCAUCAGGGCGUACCGCAACGGCUCGGGCCCCGUCGUGGAGUCGUCGUCCGGCUCGCCACCCGGCUGGUCGCAGCGGCUUCUGUUCGAGCACUCGCUGGCAAACUACCACGUGCCCGGGUUCGACCCAUGUCCCGACAUCGUCGCAGCCGCGGUGCCCGUGCUGCUCACGGCGGCGCUCGUUGCCAAGCCCAAGGUGUUCAUAGUGUUCCUGAACACGGCGACCAUCGCCAACGUCUUCGUGUUGGUCGCCCUCAUGCUGACCGGCUUCUUCAAGAUGAACGCCGACAACUGGACAGGUGGUGCGGGUUUCUUUCCCAACGGCAUCGUCGGGGUCUUCAACGGCGCGGCCACGUGCACGUUCGCCUUCGUCGGCUACGACCUGGUGGCGCAGACGGCCACCGAGACGGCGCACCGGUUCCGCGUGGUGCCCUCGGCCGUCAGCCUGGUCUUCCUGCUCAGCCUGCUGGGCUGCUUCAGCAGCUCGGUGGCCGUGACGCUCCUGUCGCCGCAUUCUCAGCUGGCUGGGUCGGCGCCGCUCCUCCAGGCCCCGUUCAUCCGGGGCCUGCCGGGCCUGCUCUGGGUGCUCGGCUUCGGAUCGCUGUGCGGUCUCGCCUCGGCCACCGCCGCGUCGCUGCGAGGUCUGGCCACGCUCCUCGCCUCCCUCUCGGCCGACGGACUCCUGUGCGGACUCACCGAGGGCACGAAGCGGGCAGCCGUCACCGGUGGCUUCCUCGUCUCGGUGGCCGCCAUGUUCGUGCACCCGGACACGCUCAUGGGCAUCCUGGGUCUGGGCACCGUGCUCUCGCUCCUGACCACGGCGGCGUCCGUGCUGGCGCUGCGCUACGGCCUCAUCGACCACUUGCCCCUCGAGCUGGGCGACCUGAGCAGGGACUCGAGCGCGACCCUGACUCGGGGCGGAUGCCUCGUCGACGGCAUCGCGGACGGCGACUCCGCGAGGUCUUCGACGGUCGCCGUCGGCAACGGCGGCGGCUACGGCUCCUUCCAGAGGAGGACGUGGUCCGUCGAACUGGUCAACCAGGGCUACGUGACCUCGCUAUCGGGCGUCGGCGGCGGCGGCUCCUCCUCCAAAGUGUCCUCGUCGCUGUCGCCGUGCGGCGUGACGGGCGUGCCUUCGCGCUGCUCGGCGCAGCGGACCGCGGUGCUGGUGUGCGCGAUGGUGGCGCUCAUGUUCCUCAUGGGAGUGCUCACGGUGCACGCGCCGCGCGUGGUGGGCGCCGGCGCGGCGCGCUGGUGGCUCGAGGCGCUGGCGACGGCCGCGCUGGCCGCCGUGCUGGCGCUGGCGCUCGUCGCCCUGCGGCAGCCCCGGCACGGCGCCCCGUCGGCGGGCCGCAACGCGGUGCCCUGCGUGCCUCUGCUGCCCCUGUGCGCGCUGUGGAUGGACGUGCACCUGUGCGUGUGCCUGCCCUACACCGCCUGGCUCGCCUUCCUCGUCUGGCAGCUGCUCGGUGUGGUGGUGUACAUGGCCUACGGCGUGUGGCACAGCUCGGAGCGGCAGAGCGACGACCCCGAGUGCUCGCUGUUGGAGAACGUGAUGUGCGACGACGUCUCCUCGGACGACGUGCUGCCCCUGGCCGAGCAGAGACGAGAGGUGCUCGUCGAGACCUUCUGAGAGUGGGAGGACCCUAGUGACUUCCAUUUUCCGGCGCCCGUAUGACGACGACGACGCCAGCAGAAUCGUCUCGCCACAAGCACCGACCGACGCCGUGGAGGUGACGUCACCGUCGUGGUCGACACGUCCUGCGGUGGUGCGCGUCUGUAACUUGGCUGCGCGUGCUGGAUACGAGGACCAACGCUUGUGCUAGGCGAGUGUCGGGCUGUGUCGUGGCGCCAUCUCUCGUCGGCGCAUUUCGACGCACUCUCGCGGGGCCGUAGAAGGAAGUCGCAGUGGGGCCAUCGACUGCUGAGUCUUUCAAACGUGAACAUUGACGUUUUAUUCAAUAUCUGCGUGCGCUGCAGCUCGUUGUGUUAGGGAACACUAAUGUUGCAUCAAACUCUCGCUUAUCACUUUCGCCUGUCCAUAUGAGCCCACAAACGGCGGUUCUUCUUUUUAAACUGUGCCACUGCGCCCGGUUAUUUUAAAUCUUGAACUCAGACACACACACACAUACACACAAAGCAGUUUUUCAAUGCUAACUCGGAGUUCCCUUUCAUGUUGGUCAGGUGCGUACAUGCCACUGGAGUGCGCUGCAUGUAAGCAACAAUGAGGUGCCAUUCUUUAUGGGAGCUAUAGUCGGUGACAACCUAAGACAUACAAACAAGCUUCUCCGAAAGAAAGCCAAGCCUGCUGGAGCCCGCUCACAGGUUAAUUAUUUUGCCCUGCUGAUGUAUAUUCUAGGCUCUUUGGAAAAUAAAAGCUUAGUUCAAGCUAGGCAGUUAGGUAUGGCUGAACGGUGACAUCGAAAUCAUCCAUAAAAUUUGCCCUAGACGUUCAGGCUUCAUCCUGAAGCUAGUGGCACAAAGACCGAUCUGUACGAAGAAAACGGUUGUUUUAGACACGCGAUAGCUCUUGAUGUAAUAAAAAUAGGCGAACCUAAUUGGCUGGCGCAUCUAUGCAAAUUGAGUUCGGCUUGGACAGUGUACAUGAAACCUUGCAAUUCUUAAGUUUACGCCAACUAUACAGCAAACUAAAGCUGGAAGGGCCAUAUUAGUUAGGGUUUCAUUACCCUUGGUCCUAGCAGGAUUCGCUUUGUUCGUAGCCAUAUGUCUCAGGGUGUGUUUGUGGAUGCUUUGACGAUCAACCUUCAAAGUUUCUACGAUGCGUCUAGCUUUGUUUAACCACAGAGAAGACUUUCCAGCGAAGGUACACGAUGACGUGCUAAGAAAUGUAUUGCAUUCUAUUCUCGCUAAACAGAGACACUUGCUAUAAAGAAUAGUGUUAUUUUCCGUCAGAUUGUCUGUUGUUGAGGUGCAAAGUUGUGUUCUCAGCUUCACAGGUGGUGCAGCGCAGUGUACACCUUCACCGAGCGCGUUAAAACGAAAACGACUGAGUGCGUCGUUUGCAACGGCACGCUUUGACGCAAGAUGAAAGAGAAGAACCAUCUGGGCGAAAACUGCAGCCCACGGGGCAAUCACCCGAAAACUCUGUGCCCGGUGCGACGUUCGCGAAGUGACACGCCUUUGUGACCGGUCGGAAGACUUUCCGAACAGAGUUUCGAGAAAGUGUGCAGUGAUUCUCGGACAACAACGACGCGUGUCUCAUCCAUAUCACUUGUUUCGCGACGUUGAUUUCUAAACUGUUUUCAAAGUUGUAUGUGAUAUGCUGACCAGGAAACCUGUUGGCCGCCGAUCGUACGAGCGAAAUUUGUGUUCCGUUUUCAGCGUUCGGCGGAUGCAUGCCGGAAGUGAUGACUUACUGUGCUUCACGUACCGAGGUUGUGUUCGCUCAAUCUCUCAGCAAGCCCUUUGUCACACGUGAUGACCUUAUCUGACUGCUGCCAACGCUGAAAGUGAAGUUCGCGACGAAACGUGGUUAUGUAAUGUAGAACGUGGACACUCUGUGGACAACAAACUGUGUCCAAGCUGUAUACGUUGUUGUCAACGUGAGAUUUGCGAUGGCUUAUACAAGUGGCCGAAGCGAUCAGCUGGUGGCAACUCAGUUUUUGCUUAACGGUAUUUCUCAGAGCGGGAAAAAAAAAACACACGUUGGAAAUCAGGCGAUGGUUUCAACAAAUGUGAAGAAAUCGUUACGCGGCGCAGGUCAGCCUUAUACGUUCUAUGAACUACGCCAAAUAACUACGUGUGUAACAUUUAUCGAACACUUUUUUUUAAUUACUAUAGCUCUGUGAGUACGGAGAUUUACGUAUCAGUGUUCAGCCACUCUUUCGUUGCUUUCGCCGUACCUUGCAAGUGCUUGGCGUUACCAAGCGGUCACUUUCUCUCAAUCCACGUUUAUCUCAAUGCUUCUUGAUAACAAUCUUUGGAGCUACGUGAUUAGGUCUGUUCGGGGAAAUAGAAAAACCCGAAGACAGACCAAUUCUUUUCAAAAGAAAACAGCGAGCUUAUGCAAGCAGCGUGACAACAGUUGCGUUGAGUGGAACAAGAACGAGUUCAAAUGUAACAAAAAAAAAGAGAAAUGCUGUUAAAGAUAGCUGUCUUGUAAGUAGUGUAAGUAAUGUAGAAAGCCAACGCACCCAGCAUACAUAUGCGCACCGUAUGCCCAAAGUAUGUAAAUGUAUAGCUGUUAUCAUUAGAGAAAAUUUAUCUACGUCACGUUCAUAGUUGAAUCCUUCAAGUUGCUCGAAUAUCUAGGAUGUGUAUGUCCCAAAAGUGUGCUUUUUUACAUUAAUUUCUCUCUUUGUAUGCGAAGUCGAGGUGCAAGUGCAGCAUAUAAAUGAGUGUGUGUUCCUACAGUUGCCACAAGAAACGACCAUGAGGCGUGCUAGACAACGAUGCUUGCAAGGUUAUCUGCAUCUUAGAGCAGUAAUCACAUCAGCUAAAGUGAAGCAACGACCUAUAUUGUGCAUGUAAUCAACCCACUACAAGAAGCAGUGUCUGGGUAAUAACAGGACGAAGAAUAUUACCUCCAGAUCUGUCCUAACUGUUUAAACAGUCACUCCCUUUCAAGUGUCAUUCGUUGCGAGCGAACGUCACGUACGAGCUCUU